AUGAGCUCAUCAAGCCAACAACCCACCCGACUGGACGUCGAGAUAGAGGCGGACGAAGUCGACUCGACCCUUGGAGAUGACCUGUCCACCUAUACCGAAUCCAUCAAAUCCACCCUCUUUCAAAGCGUGGUCGAGAAUGGAAGGGGCUAUCAUAAAUUUCGAGACGGUCAAUAUAUCCUCCCGGAGGACGAGUUCGAGCAAGAACGAUUGGACAUGCAGCACGCAAUGUUCCUGCGCUCCUUCGGGGGAAAGCUCUUCCUGGCCCCCAUCGAGCGAACGAUGCAGGACGUACUCGAUCUGGGAACGGGAACCGGUUCUUGGGCCAUUGAUUUUGCGGACCAGCAUCCCCAGUCCAAUGUCCUUGGGGUGGACUUGAGCCCUAUUCAACCCAUGUCUGUACCGCCCAACUGCAAAUUCGAGGUGGAUGAUUUCGACAAUCCGUGGACAUAUAACAAAAAGUUUGAUUUUAUUCAUGGAAGGAUGCUCUUGACGGCUAGUGCCGAUUUCCCCAAGUUGUUUGGACAGGUCUUUGAUUCGUUAAAACCAGGCGGUUGGUUCGAGAUGCAGGACCUCUACAUGCCGAUCUUGUGUGACGAUGGGACGAUGAAAGGCACCGCGUGGCAAGAAUGGAACGAUAAAUACAUGGAGGCUUGCUCGAUAAUCAAACGGGACCCAUCAUGGACAGCAAAGUACCAGGAAUGGAUGGUCGCGGCCGGGUUCACCCAUGUCAAGCAAGAUCUGUUCAAGUGGCCGGUAAAUCCAUGGCCGAAAGAUAAAUCCCUAAAAGAGAUGGGGUUGUGGAACAUGAUCAACAUGCUUGAUGGUUUGGACGGCUUCACCGUUCGGCUAUGGACUACCGCCCUCGGAAUGACGCCCGAAGAAAUCCAACUCUUUUUGGUCCAGGUCAGGAAAGAUCUGAAAAACACAAAGAUUCACUCUUACUGGCCGAUUUAUGUUGUCUAUGGCCAGAAGCCAGAGUAA